AUGGAUGAUUUUACUGUUUAUGGGGCCACCUUUAAGGAAGCAUUGAAAAAUGUUGCCAAAGUGUUGCAGCAGUGUGAGGGUCAUAAUUUGUCCCUAAAUAGUAAAAAAUGCUUCAUAAUGAUGCAAGAAGGAAUAAUGUUGGGGUAUUGUAUUUCUCAGUCAGGUAUUCAAUUUGAUCCAGCCCAAAUUGAGGUAAUACUUGACCUUCCCGCCCCUACAAAACAAAAGGAUGUAAGAGGUUUUUUAGGCCAUGUAGGGUACUAUAGGAGAUUUAUCAAGGACUUCAGUAAGAUGGCAGUGCCUCUAUAUUCUCUCUUAACAAAAGACACUGAGUUUGAAUGGACACCAACAUGUGGAGAUGCAUUUUAUAAACUUAAGGGAUCCUUAACCCAGGCCCCUGUUCUUAAAGGACCUGAUUGGUCUCUUUCUUUUCACAUUCAUAUAGAAGUAUCAGAUUUUGCAAUUGGAGCAGUCUUGGGGAAGAAGAAAGGAGUUUUGCAGAAUGCAAUUUACUAUAUCAGCUAA